AUGUUGCGCGCCAUCGCAGCUCUAUCCUUGGCGCUACCAUGUCUCGCCUUCACGGCGCAGGACAUGCUCUCUGCACCUCGACCUCAAGCGCCGAUCCUGAGUCCGGGAAAGGACCUCGCUCUGAACAUUGUCGAUGAGUGGGACGCGAAGACCGAUCACAUGUCUCGCACUCUGUACCUUCUGAACUUGACAUCCGUCUCCGAACCGACCAAGGUCCUUACUUCAACCCCAGCUCACCUUGCUUCCCCCUUCUGGCUCUCCUCCGACCGCUUCGCCUAUCUCAACUCUACUACUCUCCUCGAUACGGCACUGAACGGUACCUCCAUCGAGAUCCUGACCUUUCCUUUUUCUCCGAGCGACCUACAAUUGCACGAGAAGAGUGAGACGCUCUACUUUACCGCGCAGAUUUGGGAAGGGUCUGGGUUGGAGGAUGUUGAGAGGGGGGACAAGGCGUAUAUGGAAAGGGGAUAUGAGGCAGAGGUAUUCGAUGAGUUGUUUAUCAGGCAUUGGGAUACAUGGCGGAUUCCGGGCAAGGUAUGGACUGUGGGAAGCGUCCACCUGCCUACCAAAAGAUAUCGGGACAUGUUUGGCUCAUCUGCCUUCCAUAAAUUCUAUCAAAAGAUGGAUGCUCCCGCAUACACCCUCUCCGAAACUCACAUGGCCAUCACGGUCAAGCCCGCCCACCUCAACGACGCCCUCCACACCCGGACCGAUAUCUACGUCAUCCCGCUCAUCAACUCGGACGCGAGAUUGAUCACUCCUCAUGCGCACGGAGCGAUCAGCAGUGUCACUUUCGACAAGACAGGCCACAAGAUCGCAUGGUUGGAGAUGGCGGAGGAUGGGUACGAGGCAGACCAGAACAAGGUCCGGUGCCGCUCGAGCAAGAGUGGGAAGUGGGAUGACAUAGUCGACGAGAGGGUAAAGUCGUGGUACAGGAGCCCAACCGUGAUUGAGUUUUCCGAUUCCGUCGGCCUCCUCCUCUUGGCAGAAUGGUACGGCCGUAAUCGCGCUUAUGCCCUUAUCGACCGAUUCUGGGAGGUUCCGUUCGCCAUCAACGGCUCCAUAUCGUCCAUCAAGCAAGUCUCGGAGGAUGCUGUACUCGUCACCGCCAGCUCGUUCGCGUCGCCCGCCAACUCUUGGAUGCUCAACACGACCUCCGGGGACGCGCGGCAGUUGACAGAGUGGACCAAGCCGAUGAGUAAGGUCCAGGCGGGAGAGCUGUGGUUCAAGGGUGCGGAUGGGCGGGACGUUAUGGCUUGGGUGAUGAGGCCGACGAGGGACGUGCAGAGGAAAGACGGCAAGGUGCCGAUGGCUUUCUUGAUCCAUGGCGGUCCCCAAGGCGCAUGGGAGGAUACCUGGAGCACAAGAUGGAACCCUGCUCUUUUUGCUGAGAAGGGAUACUUUGUCGUUGCUGUCAAUCCCACCGGGUCGACCGGAUACGGACAGGACUUCACUGAUAGGAUCCAGUCUGAGUGGGGAGGACGACCUUUCAAGGACCUUUUGGCAGGCUAUCAUGCCGCUCUCAAGACCUUCCCAGAGAUCGACCCAGAACGUACCGCUGCCCUCGGUGCCUCAUACGGCGGGUAUAUGGCCAACUGGAUACAAGGGCAUAAUGACCAGUUCGGAUUUAAGGCUAUCGUAUGCCACGAUGGGAUCUUUGACACUUCUACUUCCUACUAUACGACCGAGGAAGUAUGGUUUCCUAACCAUGAGUUCGGCGGAGAUAUGGUCUCCAGUUCGGCGAUGUACCAGAAAUGGAACCCUAUGAACCACGUCUCGGAGUGGUCGACCCCCGAACUCGUCAUUCACGGUGGCAAAGACUAUCGCCUCGUCGCUUCGCAGGGCAUCGCCGCCUUCACAGCGCUUCAGACGCGAGGGGUGCCCAGUCGGUUCUUGUACUUCCCGAAUGAGAAUCAUUGGGUGUUGAGCCCGAGGAACUCGAUGAAAUGGCAUCAUGAGGUGUUCAGGUGGUUGGCAGAGUGGGUCGGUGUGGAAGGCCCGGAGGGGGUGGAGGAGCGAGUACAGAUUUCUGGGGCGGGACGGCUGAAAGACCAGAGCGGACAGCUGGUCUUGUAG